AUGUCCAAGCGAGCGAGCGAUAAUGUCGACUACACCGGGGGCAGCCCCAAGGCCGACCACCUCUGCGUCCUCGUCCACGGGCUCUGGGGAAACCCCGACCACAUGAGAAACAUUGCCAAGACCCUGCGCUCGCGACACCCGCCCGACGAGCUGUACAUGCUGCUCGCCAAGCGCAACAGCGGCAGCUUCACCUACGACGGCGUCGAGCUCGGCGGCGAGCGCGUCUGUGCCGAGAUUGAGGACGAGCUGCGCGCCAUCGAGAGCAGGGGCGGCAAGAUCAAGAAACUGAGCAUCAUCGGCUACUCGCUCGGCGGGCUGGUCUCUCGCUAUGCCGUCGGCCUUCUCUAUGCAAAAGGCAUCCUCGACUCCGUCGAAUGCAUGAACUUUGCCACCUUUGCGUCACCCCACCUCGGCGUGCGCACCCCCCUCAAGGGCUGGCACAACCACAUGUGGAACGUCGUCGGCGCCAGGAGCCUGUCCAUGUCCGGCCGCCAGCUCUUCACCAUUGACAGGUUCCGUGACACGAACAGGCCCUUGCUGUCCGUCCUCGCCGACCCCACGUCCAUCUUCAUGCUCGGUCAGCGCAAGUUCAAGCGGCAUACCUUGUACACCAACGUUGUCAACGACAGGAGCGCCGUCUACUACACCACGGGCAUCCACAAGACGGACCCGUACCGCCGAAAUCUGGACAACAUCAGGCCCAACUACAUCAAGGGGGGAGCAGGCGUCAUCAUGGACCCUGAGUACCCAUUCAUGCCCCAGCCCAAGGUGGCCCCCGGCGCCACCCUCUCCUCUGCGACGAGCACCGCCCUGAGAUGGACCAAGCGCAUUCCGUUGAUGCUCGUCAUUGCCCUGCUCGUCCCCAUUGGCACCAUUGCGUUUCUGUGCAACUCGGUCGUCCAGACCAUUCGCAGCUCGGGUCGCAUCAAGCGACACGAAAAGGGCCAGGCCAGCUUCAACAUUGAUGACUACCGCGUGCCGCUCCUCAUCAAGGAGCUGCGCAGCGAGGUGGAGCGAGCGUACGGGGAGAUAAACAGCUCGCAGAACCAGCACUUCCUGGCCGACGACGACGAUGACGACGACGAAGACGGUGGCAUGGGCCCCGAGGAGAAGCGCGUGAUGAGCCGGGAGCGACGGCUGUCGGUGGCAGCCCAGCCAACGCUCGCUCUAACGCCAGAUCAGUUCGAGAUGAUCCGAUCGCUGGACUCGCUCAAUUGGCGCAAGUAUCCGGUAUGGAUUCGCAACGACAGACACAGCCACGCGGCCAUCAUUGUGCGGAUGGAGAAGAAGACAUUUGACGAGGGGUGGGUUGUGCUGAGGCACUUUGCUGAAGAGGAGUUUCUAAAGUAA